CCUUCAAUUUCUCUCUCCUGGUUUCAGAUCAGUUCUCAGUUCACAAAGCGGAUCCAGAGUAAAAUCCGAGACCUGCUGCAACAAAUGGAAGAGGGGCUAAAGACAGCUGACCCACAUGACUGUUCUGCAUAUACUGGCUGGGCAGGCAUAGCCCUUUUAUACCUACAACUACACCGAGUCACAGAAGACCAGAAGUACUUGCAGCGAUCCCUGGAUUACGUGAAGAGAAUACUUCGUAAUCUGAGUGGCCGAAGGGUUACGUUUCUCUGUGGUGAUGCUGGACCCUUGGCAGUCGGAGCAGUAGUGUACCACAAACUGAAGAUUGACAGUGAGUCUAAGGAGUGUAUCACAAAGUUGUUGCAGCUCCAGAGAACCAUUAUAAGCACAGACUCUGAACUUCCAGAUGAGCUUCUUUAUGGCAGAGCAGGUUACUUGUAUGCUUUGCUCUAUUUGAAUACAGAAAUUGGUCCGGACACUAUACCACAGUCUAUUGUUAAAGAGGUGGUGGAUGCCAUUAUUGAGUCGGGUAAAAACUUGUCAAAGGAGGAACGCAAGGCUGAACGCUGCCCUCUGUUGUACCAAUGGCACAGGAAGCAGUAUGUUGGAGCAGCCCAUGGCAUGGCUGGGAUUUAUUACAUGCUGAUGCAGCCAGUUUCAAAUGUGGAUCAGGAGACCCUGACAGAGAUGGUGAAGCCAAGCAUUGACUAUGUCCGUCAUAAAAAAUUCAGAUCUGGGAACUAUCCAUCAUCAUUGAGCAAUGAAACUGAUAGACUAGUCCAUUGGUGCCAUGGUGCACCGGGAGUCAUCCACAUGCUUAUGCAAGCUUAUAAGACCUUUAAAGAGGAUAAAUAUUUGAAGGAUGCCAUGGACUGCAGUGAUGUCAUCUGGCAGAGAGGUUUGCUGAGGAAAGGGUAUGGAAUCUGCCACGGGACUGCUGGCAAUGGCUACUCCUUCUUAUCUCUCUAUCACAUAACUGAGGACAAAAAGUACCUCUACCGGGCUUGCAAGUUUGCUGAGUGGUGUUUAGAGUAUGGUGCACAUGGAUGUCGUAUUCCUGACCGACCCUACUCUCUAUUUGAAGGCAUGGCAGGAGCUAUUCAUUUCCUAUCGGACAUACUGGUACCAGAGACUUCCCAGUUUCCAGCAUUUGAACUUGGACCUCAAAGGAGAGAAGACAAAGUGAAACAGGACAGCUAAGAGACCUGUUGGAUUGGAAACUCCGUGUCAAGAGUGAUGAGACUGUCUAGUGCCUCUUACACUGAACCAACUUUAAAGCCUAAAUGAGGAACAGGGAAAUCCCUCUUCACAUCUCUUUCUCCAAAGGACCACUAGUCAUUAAAGCAUGAAUCAGAAGCCAUGCCCAGGUUUUAUUUAAGUGAUGCCUUCAGUGGUGGAAAGAAAGAUUAAGUUUUGAACUCUUUUUUUGCAGUUGUUCUUUUCAGGUUUUUCAAGUGUUUGCAUGUUUCUUGGUGUGUUCCAUAGACGUGAGUCUUUUGUUGUAAGCCAAAAGCUGUUCUCUCAAUCCCAGUCUUGUCCCUUUUGUGCAUGAGUAACAGUAGCAGCCUCGCUAUUUCUGUAAUGUGACUAUGGCUGAGGUUCCAAUUGACCCGAUGAAUGAGAUAGUCCAGUGUAAUAUAGUGACCAGGUUAAUACAUGGUUAUAUCUUAAAUGAGCUGAUAAUUUCCAAACAAAACCUAAAGCUUUCUGCGCUGUACUUCUCUAUUUUUUUCAUAAGGAACAUUUACCCCCCCACACACCCUCUUCUUUGAGAAGUUACGUUUAAAGAAUCUGACUUAAAUUUUCAGACAUGAUUUGUGGUGGCUCCAUUUUUACCAUGAAAAGCUGUAAGGGACCUGAUUUGUGAGACAUAGGGACUCAGCACAUUCAGAGAGAGAAUCCCCUUUAAGAUGUCUUCAGUUGGGCCCUGAAAAUAGGCCUACCUGCCUACAUAAAGUAUUUCUUAGUUCCUUAAACACUUACCAGUAGACACCAUGGCUAUGUCUACACUGGCGCGAUCUUGUGCCAGAAGUAUGCAAAUGAGGCUAAGCAUGGAAUAUCACUGAGCUUCAUUU